UGGGCAGCGGGAGGGAGGCUGAGAGCUCCAAGCAUCCAUCGGGGAGAGGAGAUGCGUCGUCCCCGUUGCCCGCUGCUGCUGGCCCUGCUGCUGCUGCUCUCCUGCCCGCGGGCCGAUGGCAGUGCUCUGCGGGGUCAGAUCGUCGGGGGCCACGAGGCCAAGCCCCACUCCCACCCCUACAUGGCAUUCCUGAAACUCAGGAAUUCCUCCUGCGGGGGGUUCCUGGUGGCCCGCGACUGGGUGAUGACGGCCGCGCACUGCUUGGAUGGGAACAUCACCGCCAUCCUGGGGGCUCAUGACAUCAGUGAACCAGAGCGGAGCCAGCAGGUCCGAGGGGUCCUCAAAUACCACGUGCACCCCGCGUACAACCCCAACACCUUUGCCAACGACAUCAUGCUGCUCAAGCUGACGGCGAAGGCCACGCUCAACAAAUACGUCCACCCCAUUGCGCUGCCCAGAACCAGCAGCGACCUCCCCACGGGCACCUCGUGCACCAUCGCGGGAUGGGGCCUGAUUGACAAGGACAAGGCAACCAGCAAACUCUUCGAAACUGAAGUCUCCAUCUACAGCCGCAGGAAAUGCGUUCUGUUCUACCCGCAGCUCAACGAUGGCAUGGUGUGCGCCGGCAGCUUCCACGAGCUGAGGGACUCCAGCCAGGGUGAUUCCGGAGGGCCGCUGGUGUGCAAUAAGAUAGCACAGGGCGUUGUUUCCUUCGGGCACGACAACCCGCCUGGCGUCUAUGCUCGCAUCGCCAACUACCUGCCCUGGAUCAAGAAAACCAUGAGGAAGUAACGGUGCAGCGUCAGCGUGGCCCUGGAGACCUGCUGGGUUCCUUCCUGCCCCCGCUGAUGGCCCCAUUCCCCGCUCUGUCCCCGGGAACCCAAGUGUCCCAAUGGAUGCCCAUAGGGUCUCUCCCUUUGCUCUGAGGCUGAAUGCUGUCCCACUGCCAGCCCAACCCAUUUCGGUGCCACGUUGUCACCCAGCAGAAUUCCCAUCUGACACCAGAAUGCAGUGGCACUACUGGAGAGCCCGUUUGCCUUGGACAUCCCUUGCCCUGCUUGAGCAUCCCUGCACCUGAAACACCCCCAGUAAAUUCUGAGCUGCGUUCCCCAGCA